AUGAGCGGGAACGACAUGAUGGCGCACUCUCUGACUCUGGAGCAGAAGACGGCAUUCGCCUUUGUGGGGAUGCUGCUGGUGUUCCUGGGGCUGCUGAUAGUGAGGUGUUUCAGGAUCUUGCUAGACCCCUACAGCAGUAUGCCCUCCUCCAACUGGGCCGACGGCAUCGAGGGGCUGGAGAAAGGGACGUUUGAGUACGCCCUGACUUAACACAGGGACAACACAUCUAUAGAUGUCCUAUAAAACAGCAAUGCCUAGAUAUACAUGGACACGAAAACACCGACACACAUGAUCCACAGCCUUGCACCUGCCAUUGACACGCCAUUUAGACAUCUCUGUGACUUUCUAACCCACGAGACAAAAGCUGUGUAUGUUGUUAAAUGUGUGUGUGCUGUUAGAUCAGAGCCUCUCUACUGUGCGCGUACAUGUCUGUCGUUGUGUGUCCGAGCGAGUGUGCAGCAGAUGCUGUGUCAUAUUUUUUUCUCUCUUAAUCUGCCAGGGAGUGUGCAAUUUAGCUGAAGCUCCCUUUAACCCAAACCUUCAAGUUGAAUGUCUGUAGAGGCCGUUAAAGGAGGAUGUUGGUCGGACAUGUUAGGAAAUCAUUCAGAUGUAGUUUGAAGACUCAGGGACAAGAUUCCUUCUGUGAGUGGGAAACGGAGCAGUUGCACCUCUGCAAAGCCCAGCUGUUCUGCACAAGAAUGUACGUGGUUGGAUACAGGGUAUUAUGUCAAACUAGUGCAUUUGUGGACUUAUCAAAUCCAGUCUGUUGAUGGUCCAAAGGAUGCUGCUGCUGCUGCUGCUGCCGCUGCUGUGUUUGUGUACAGACUAGUCCUCUCCGUGCAUGGGAAGGCAACUGGGCAAACUGUGAUUUACAUUAUGAUGUUACUGUUUCUAAUGAUGCAAAAACAUCUCUCAGAGUUUGUAUUGCUACUGAUGGUGUUCUGUUUGUUGCCACGAUUAUAUGUCUGAGCUAAAGAAAAAACACGACUGUUUACUUCUGACAGUAUGUCUGUAGAGAUACACGCUAAUAAUCGAUUUGUGGACUGUCUGUGAAGUGCUCUGUCCGGAGGUUGGCUUUUGUGAUCGAGCCAAAGAACUUUGAAGGAAACAAUGAUUCAAAAACUAGGAAGGACACUCUCUCUCAGCGCUGCUAGUUUUUCUAAUGACAAGGAUAAACUCUCACUACCUGUCUGCAGAGGAAAAGGUCACAUGGAAAACAGGGGUGGGAUGUCUGUCAGCACUUCACAUGGACAUCUUUUUCCUCCUUCUCUCAGCCAUCCUCACUCUUCCUGACCUGCUCUCUUCCUCCCAGACAGAGGAGGACAGGACAAACCAAGAUUCUGGAAAAAAAACAAACAAAUGAACGAACUGCAGACUGGUCAAACUGUUUCUUUGCUAAUUCUUACGGUCUACGGUUUCUCCUUAGUGCUGUGAAUCUGCCUUACUGUGACCUUCAAUGGGUUUAUGUGCCUUCAUCUAGAUACAUUAGAGCACCUGGUUGUUUGAAUGUGUGUGUAAGCGAACGAGUAAGUGUGUGGCAUAUCAUGAUGAAAGAUAGUUCAUCUCCUGACCUGUUGCUUACCCAGCUGGUGGUAGAGACCUCUCAUUGAUUUAGAUUUGAUUCAAUGAUGUGAAAUAAUAAAAUUUCUUCACUUUAAGACACUGCUGGUAAAAUCUUUGCUUUUCUGGGACUCUUUUUAGAAGUCGAAGAUUAUGCCAGGUAAAAAAGAUAUGUCUCUACCUUCACUUUUGCAGUCAGCAGUAUACUCUGGUGGAAUUUAUUGUGCACAGGGCAUUGCAGAUCAAAAAUUUCAAGCUUUAUGUUGUCUCUACACCCAGACACAGGCAGUUGUUAUCAAAAAGUGCUGCUGCUGCUAAAGGAAAAAGAAGCAAAGAAUUAAAUGCACAUACAGGAAUUCACACUGUUUCCUAUAUGUGUGUGGGCAACCUAUAUAAAGAGAAUGGAGCUUAUAUGGCAGCAAUAAGGAUGCACACAGCCUUUUUAUAG